GAGCUCUCGGAUUGGAUGAAUUGGCUAAAGACUGAAAUUGGGUUCAGUGGGUGGAGACUUGAUUUUGUCAAGGGAUAUUCUCCAGCAAUUACCAAGUUGUAUGUGACAAACACAAGUCCAAAUUUCGCAGUAGGGGAACUUUGGAAUUCCCUUGCUUAUGGAAGUGAUGGAAAACCAGAGUACAAUCAGGAUGCCCAUCGUCAAGAGCUUGCGGGAUGGGUAGAGGGUGCUGGAGGAGAUGUUACAGCAUUUGAUUUUACCACUAAAGGGAUACUUCAACAGGCAGUCCAAGGGGAACUGUCGCGGCUGAAGGACCCGAAUGGAAAGGCUCCAGGAAUGAUUGGUUUGUUGCCAGGAAAGAGUGUAACUUUCAUAGACAAUCACGAUACAGGUUCCACACAACAAAAGUGGCCAUUUCCAUCAGAUAAAGUCAUGCAGGGAUAUACCUAUAUUCUCACUCACCCGGGAAUUCCCUCAAUUUUUUAUGACCACUUCUUUGACUGGGGAUUGAAAGAGGAGAUUAGUAAACUCAUUGCAAUCAGAUCCCGGAACGGAAUCAAACCCGACAGUACCUUGCGUAUUCUAGCAUCUGAUGCAGAUCUCUACGUAGCUGCCAUAGAUGAGAAAAUCAUAGCAAAGAUUGGUUCAAGGUACGACGUUGGGAACCUUGUACCUCCAACCUACCAAAUUGCAACUUCUGGAAAUGAUUACGCCGUGUGGGAGAAAAAGCAUGAGGUCUUGAAUAUCAUCUGUGGAACUGUGGAAUGAAGUGACUAGAAAUUGUUGUAUUGCAAGUGUUGUAUUCUAUGCUUAUUUUUAGUCCUCUACUAAAAAUAAAAAAUUGAGGUUUCUUUGGAAGAUGCAAGAAAGUGAAUACAAUUUGCAUGUGUGGAAUUUCUCUGGAA